AUGAAAUGGAACACCGAGGGCAGUUCUCAGAUGAAAUGGAACACCGAGGGCAGUUCUCAGAUGAAAUGGAACACCGAGGGCAGUUCUCAGAUGAAAUGGAACACCGAGGGUAGUUCUCAGAUGAAAUGGAACACCGAGGGCAGUUCUCAGAUGAAAUGGAACACUGAGGGCAGUUCUCAGAUGCUUGACAGGUCAACAGGACAGGAGUUUGCUCUGAAGAUUAUCGACAAAGCUCGUUGCUGUGGGAAGGAGCAUCUGAUAGAGAACGAGGUGGCGGUGUUGAGGAGGGUCAGACACCCCAGCAUCAUACAGCUGAUUGAGGUCGACGACACGCCCACAGAGCUCUACCUGGUCAUGGAAUUGGUCAAGGGUGGAGAUCUGUUUGAUGCCAUCACAUGUUCUACUAAAUACACAGAGAGAGAUGCCAGUGCCAUGGUCUUCAACCUGGCUGGAGCUAUUCAAUACCUCCACCGUAUGGACAUAGUCCAUAGAGACAUCAAACCUGAAAACCUGCUGGUGUGCGAGUACCUGGAUGGGACCAAGUCGUUGAAGCUGGGUGAUUUUGGUCUGGCUACAGUCGUAGAGGGACCCCUGUAUACAGUCUGCGGAACGCCCACAUAUGUAGCUCCAGAGAUCAUCGCUGAGACCGGGUACGGUCUGAAGGUGGAUAUCUGGGCUGCAGGAGUUAUCACCUACAUCCUAUUGUGUGGGUUCCCCCCGUUCCGCAGUGAGAAUAACAUCCAGGAGGAGUUGUUUGACCAGAUACUGAAGGGGAAGCUGGAAUUUCCUUCCCCAGACUGGGACACAGUCAGCCUGCCGGCCAAGAUGCUGAUUGGUCAGAUGCUGCAGGUAAACGCGGACAUUCGUUAUUCAGCAGAGGAGGUCCUCUCACACCCCUGGGUUACGGACGAGGCGACUCUAGAAAGCAGAAACGUGAACACGGAGACAUUAUCGUCAGCUACGGUGACCCCUGACCUUCCAGUGACCCCUACAACCCCGACAGCGACCCUUUUACCCUUUGACUCCGGCAGCACAGAGUAG